AUGCCCGGCAGCGACCAGCGUUCACAGACAGCCUCCAGAGACCGCGUGUACACCGCGUGUUACCUCUCCAGGGACACGCGAGCACGGAUACCCUUGGCCGCGUACAACAGUCUGACCGACAAACAUCUGACUGGUUACUUCAACAACACCCGUGUACGCAGACACCUGCAACGCGUGGGACUGGUCACCAGGAAUGGGCGCAUCGUGUCUGAGAAGGAAUAUCGGCUCAAUGUGGUACGGAGAGACCACCAGAAAUAUGUCCGGGAGAGUCUGGCCCAGGCUGUCUUCCACAAGGUGCUCAACAUGGAGCACCUCCACCAACAGGAGAUCAGGAGAUGUAUGGAGGACGAGUCUCGCCGUGACCGUAUCCAGCGUUUCAAGGGGGAGCGGACACGGAGGCCGGACGAUGACCUGAUCCCCCUGAUCUCGCCGAGACCCCCGGCCGUCUCCCGCAACUGUCACCGCAGCCUCUCCGGGCCCAACGCAGGGCAGCCCGGCACCAGCACCGGCAACACGCCGGAGCGGGAGUCGACGAGACAUUGGCAGACGGUGGAUUUCCCGGCCGGCCCCUCCCCUUACCGUCUCCCCGUCAUCAACAACUUUGUCACCCCCGCCCCCCCUCCUGUACGGCCCUGGGACAGGGGGGGCUUCACCCGGGGUCGCCGGCUCCGACCCACCACCGCUCCCCACGACCCCCACACUCUCCCCAAGGAGGGGGCGGGGCAGCGGCGGCGGGGCGGCUCCGGACACUGCCCGGUCGUGGUCACCAUGGUUUACCGCGGACAGAGGCUGCACCUCGCUGACCACCGCGCCGACUCCCGCGACCAGGUCAAAGUCCAGCAGCAGCACUGUGGCGGAGAGAACCUGUGUGUGUUCACCGGCAACAUGCUGCCUGGAGAGCGGUUCGAGCUGCAGUCUCGCCGCCAUCCAGGCUUCCCCUUCAGCCUCACCCUGUACGUCAACGGGCUCCAGGUCGCGCGUCUCAGCUCCUGCUGCGAGUACCGGCACCGGCGGGGAGCGCGGCUCGGGGGUCGCCGGCCGCUCUUCACCAUCCUGGCCGUGCACGGAGCCGCACCCUGCUACAGGUGCAUCAUCGCUGCGGGCCUGGACAAGAAGCCGUUGCCACCGCCACGGAGAGGGAAGGGGGCCGGGGGUCCGGGUCGGGAGAGCGGGCAGCCCCGUGUCCCACUGCCGCGGCGCGGGGCGCUGAAGGCAGCGGAGCCGGUGCCCGCUUCCCCCCCGGCCUCGUCCGAAGACGGGAUGGACCGAGACCCGCGGGAGGCGGAGACCAGCGCCGUCCCGGACCAAGGAGAAUACGCGGAUGAUUUUGAAGAGGAGCCGAGAGUGGACGCGGAGUCCGAGUCGUGGAGUCAGAGCCGGGAGGAGGAGGCGGCUCCGGGUGAAGUGGACGAUGCCGGCGGCUCAGACGUGGACAGAGAACGGGGUCCGUCACGGCAACGCCCGUCCGUCGACAGCGGUUCCUCCCCCUUGGAGAGCGAGGGUGGUGCCUACUCUGACCAGUCCCGGUCCAGGUCCCGUUCUUCCUCGCCGGAGGGGCCGCGGUCGAGCGGCGAGUCGGAGAGCGAGGGGUCGGUCAACAGCGCGGCUGAAGUUGGCGAGGAGGCGACGGACGAGGAUGCAGCGGCUGCGGUAACGCCGGAGGCGGGAGGCGAGGAUUCGGUGUCGCGGAUGAAUGAAGCGCCGGCGCCGGUAGAGUGGGCGGUGGCGGCGGUGGUGGAGGAGGAUCUCGCCCGGGACGAGGAGGAGGAGCCCGGGACCGGCGAGGAGAGCGGCCGGACCGGCGGCGGCAGUGAGCGGGCCGCGGGCGGAGCGGGCUCGCUGGAAACCUGCGCCGUUGGACCGUGUGGGUCGGGGCCGAGUCGGAAUGAGAAUCGCCGCCGCCGCCGCCGGCGGGAGCCUGGAGCGGCGAGAACAGACCCGGUACCGACCGUCUCGCCGCCUACACCAGCGACGGGACACACCUCCUGGCCGACCGGCGCUCCGGCUUCCGAGGCGGGGGUGGACGGGCCGAAGGGCGCCGGUCCGAGCCAGGAGCGAGAAGGCAGCGGGGAGGCCGAGGGAAGCACCGGGGAGGAGACCGGGGGAGCCUCGAGGGGCGGGGACACCGCGUGUUUCAGGAUGGGGGGAGGGUUUGAGACGGAGGGGGGUCUCGGGGAGGAGGGGUCCGGUCUGGGGGAGGUGGCCCCGGGGAGCGGAGACCGGGAAUGCCCGAGUCCCGGGGGCGAGGAGCGAACCAACUACCGGGGGGAGGGGGGAACGUGGUCAGACAUGGAGGGGCUGGAGCCGCGGGAGGAGAGAGGUGGGAGCGGAGCCAAUGGGCGAGAUGGAAGCGAACCAGCGGGAGCGCCGGUACCGGGAGACGGAGAUCCGGUGGCGGACAACCUGGAGCCGGUACCGGACGCGGCGGUUCCGAAGUUCGUCCCGGGGCUAGAGUUCCCGGUACCGGGGGCGGGGGUCCCGGGGAUAGAGUUCCCGGUACCGGGGGCGGGGGUCCCGGGGAUAGAGUUCCCGGUACCGGGGGUCCCGGGGCUAGAGUUCCCGGUACCGGGGGUCCCGGGGAUAGAGUCCCCGGAGUCGGUACUGGGGGAGGGGGUGGAGGGAGAAGGGGAGCCGGCGGCGGAAUUACCGGAGAUGGAACCGGGAGCGGGGACUGCGAUGUCAAUACCGGGGGAAGUAGAGGGGGAACCGGAGCCAGUUCCGGCCGUUCCGGAGGCAGCAGCCGGCGGCAAGGCCCCGGAAUCGGUGCCGGGAGAGCUGGUCCCGGGAGACGAGACCGUGGAGCUUCCACCUGGAGCGGACAUCCCGGGGCUGGUCCCGGGGGAGAUGGAACCGGAGGGAGGGGAACCGGGGGGCUCGUUCCCGGAACCGGACCCGGGGUUAAUACCGGGAGAACCGGAUCCGGAGCCGGUCCCGGGAGCGGACGGGCCGGGGUUACUACCGGGUGAGCCGGUACCGGGAGAAGUGGUCCCGGGGGAGGGGCCGCCGCAGGUAGUACCGGGAGCAGAAUUCCCGGGGGCGGGGGAACCGGGAGAGCCGGUACCGGGAGACGGGGUCCCGGGCGCGGGUGGUCCGGUGUUAGUCCCGGGGGCAGAGUUCCCGGGGUUAGUACCGGGGGCGGGGGACCGGCGGGAAGGGGUCCCGGAGCCGGGCGGGGCAGAACCGGCCACAGAGCGGCAGCUGUCCCGGGUGGGGACGGGGAGGGGACACGGGGCUCGCCCGGGGCGGGGAGAGCAGCCUCCGGCGGGCGGGCCCGUGGCGGGGGUCGCAGCGGCAGCGGGCGGGCGGAAGCCCGGAGACCCGCGCAGGGGCAGCGAGGGGGGAGACGGGGGGCAAUGGGACGCUCGGCUGCGGAACCACGGGCCCCGGGCGCGGACGGGCUGCCCCGGGCGGCGGGACCGGUGUCGGGGCCCCGGGACAGGCCGAGGGAUGAGCCGGCGACGGGGGCGCCGGGAGGGGAGGCGGGAGGCGGCGGCACCGAGCGGGGCGGGGGUCGCGGGGGCUGCGACGCAACUACAGGCCGGGCCGCUGGAGCCUCAGGACGAGGGGGUUGUUCAGGAAACUCCGGCCGCGGGAAGGCCGGACUGGCUUUCAAUGACAGACUCCCAGGCUGAGACUCUGCGCUGGGUGUUCGGGGCCCAGGAAGACGAGGCGGCGGUGGAGACACUGCGCCGGGUGACUGCACUGGACACAUGGGGCUGGGAAACUGCGCUGGAAACACUGGACAUGGAGACUGUGGGUGAAUCGCGGGACUGGUGGCCGAGGGCGAGCGGCCUGGACACACCGGACAUGGAGACUGUGUGGGAAUCGCGGGCCAGCGAGACCGAGGUGGAGGCACAAGACGAGGCUGCGCCACAAACACAGGGCGGUGAAGCUGGGCUUGAAACGCGUGGAGGUGGGACUGGGUUGGAAGCGCAGGUGUGCCAGGCCGGUGUGGAAACUCGGGUGGGAGUCGAGAGACAAGGCAGUGUGGAUUGUGAAACUCCGGACAGCGAGGCCGGUGGAGAGAGGCCGGACAGCGAGGCUUUAGCAGACCAGCAACUGAGCGAGUCUGUGGUGGGAAGUCUGGACAUUGAUGGGGUCGUGGAAGCGCCGGACAGCGAGUCUGUGCUGGACACACAACCCGGCGAGGGCGUGGAGGAGACGCGGGACAGAGAGGCAGAGGAGGAGGCGCCGGGUGGCGGGACAGCGGGGAACGCGGAAGUGAGCGAGUCCGUGGAUGAAACACAGGACACCGAGUCCGUGAAUGAAACACAGGACACUGAGUCCGUGAAUGAAACACAGGACACUGAGUCCGUGAAUGAAACGCGGGACACUGAGUCCGUGAAUGAAACACGGGACACUGAGUCCGUGAAUGAAACACGGGACACUGAGUCCGUGAAUGAAACACGGGACACUGAGUCCGUGAAUGAAACACGGGACACUGAGUCCGUGAAUGAAACACGGGACACUGAGUCCGUGAAUGAAACACAGGACACUGAGUCCGUGAAUGAAAUACGGGACACUGAGUCCGUGAAUGAAACACAGGACACUGAGUCCGUGAAUGAAACACAGAACACUGAGUCCGUGGAUGAAACACAGGACACUGAGUCCGUGGAUGAAACACGGGACACUGAGUCCGUGGAUGAACCACGGGACACUGAAUGUGCCGAUAAAACUCAGGGCUCUGGCGCUGUGGGUGGCGUGUGCGACGCCGAAUGUGUGGAGGGGGAAACAUAUGAUGAGAAGGGAAGAGUUGACGCGCAGGACACGGGGCCGGAAGCACCGGACAGGGAGGCUGGUGUCGAGAGGCGAGAUGCCGAGACUGAGCCAGAGCCUCCGGGCAGCGAGACCGAGGUGGCGUCGGCGGGCGGCGAGACUGCAUCGGAAACGCAGGCGCCGUCUGUGGGGACACGGCGCCGGGGGUCAGGGGACGGCGCGCCGGAGACUCGGACACAGGAGGGGGCGGAAGGGCCGGAGAGGGCGGAGGGCCGGAGGCGGAAGGGCCGGAGGAGGCGGAAGGGCCGGAGAGGGCCGGAAGGGGCGGAAGGGCCAGAGAGGGCGGAAGGGGCGGAAGGGCCGGAGAGGGCGGAAGGGGCGGAAGGGCCAGAGGAGGCGGAAGGGGCCGAAGGGCCGGAGGGGGUGGAUCCGCCGGAGGGAGCGGAGUGGCCAGGGGGGGCGGAGGGGGUGGAUGGGGCGGGGGGGGCCUGA